GUUAGGCUACGCUGAUCAAGUGACCUGUAGAGUGAGAUCAUGUGACAGAAUGGAGGCGUCGCUGAAAACAUUCACCCAUUCACCACACACACACACCGCUGGAGCCCAUUUCACAAUAAACGGAUAACGCGACCAACACUUUUGAUCAAAUCAGCUCGGAACGUUUAUUUUCUCACAUCGCAAUGAAAUGAAGGGAGCAUGGGGGCCAAAGAGUCGAGGAUAGGAUUCCUGUCGUAUGACGAGGCCGUCAAGAGAGUUACCGAUGUGGAAUUGAAGCGGCUGAAAGAUGCCUUCAAGAGAACCAGCGGCCUCUCCUAUUACAUGACCCAGCAGUGCUUCUACAGGGAAGUGCUUGGAGAUGGAGUUCCCCCUAAAGUUGCAGAGGUGAUCUACUCUUCAUUUGGAGGCUCGUCCAAAGGGCUGCACUUCAACAACCUGAUCGUGGGUCUAGUGCUUCUGACCAGGGGACGCGAUGAGGAGAAGGCCAAGUACCUCUUCAGUCUGUUCGCCAGUGAUCUGGGCGGAUAUGCAGCCAGGGAUGAUAUAGAAGCAGUCCUGCAGGCCCUGGAUGGAGAAGUCCCAGCCUCUCUGAAGAAGUGCUUCUUUGAGGGCGACAAGGUGAACUAUGAGCGCUUCAGGACCUGGCUGCUGCAGAACAAGGAGGCCUUCACUCUGUCCAGAUGGCUUCUAUCUGGAGGAGUGUGUGUCACGCUGACAGAUGACAGCGACACGCCCACCUUCUACCAGACCCUGGCUGGUGUCACACACUUGGAGGAGUCUGACAUUAUAGACUUGGAAAAGCGCUAUUGGCUGUUGAAAGCUCAGUCCAGAACCGGCCGCUUUGACUUGGAAACGUUCGUUCCGCUGGUGUCUCCUCCCAUCCACGCCUCCCUGAGUGAAGGCUUGUUUCACGCCUUUGAUGAAAAUCGGGACAAUCACAUCGACUUUAAAGAGAUCUCUUGUGGACUGUCGGCGUGCUGCAGGGGGCCUGUUGCUGAAAGGCAGAAAUUUUGCUUCAAAGUGUUUGAUGUGGACCGUGAUGGGGUUCUGUCUCGAGAUGAACUCCAUGAAAUGGUGGUGGCCUUGCUGGAGGUGUGGAAGGACAAUCGCACAGACACACUCUCUGAGCUGCACAGUAGUGUGUCAGACAUAGUAGAGGGCAUCCUGAAGAUGCAUGACACAACCAAGCUCGGUCACCUGACCCUCGAGGACUACCAGAUCUGGAGUGUAAAGAGCGCUUUGGCCAAUGAGUUCCUAAACUUGCUUUUCCAGGUGUGCCACAUAGUUCUGGGGCUCAGGCCUGCUACUCCUGAGGAGGAGGGCCAAAUCAUCAGGGGUUGGUUAGAGAGAGAGAGCAGACAUGGGCUGCAGCAAGGCCAGAACUGGUUCCUCAUCUCCAUGCUGUGGUGGCAGCAGUGGAAGGACUACGUCAAAUAUGGCAGUCCCUGCUCUUGUCUUCCUGUCCAGGAGCAUCAGGGCAUCGUGGUGGAACAGCCAUCCAUCCUGAGCUCAUUUCGAAGCCCGAUGGCCACAGCUAUCGUAGAACCUGCCCCACCCGACAGACUGGGAGGACUGGGAACCUUCAGCCCUGUCAGCCCCACGGAGGAGAGGUCACCUGAUGCUGUGUCCAGCGCCUCAGAGGCCACAGAAACUGCCAUGAGCCCCCAGGUAGCUCCCUCAGCUACAGAGAGCUGUUUUGCUCGUCAGCACAAUGUAUCAGACAACAACAAUCAGUGUUUUUCUGGAGCCAAUGGCCACCUCCCCUCCCAGCUGGCAGCACAGAGACCUGGAGCAAUCGACAACCAGCCUCUGGUCAACACCGACCCCAUGAAGGCCCCUACGUUAACCAUGGAGGGUGGUAGGCUGAAGCGCUCCUUGCAGCUGGUGCCUGGUAGAGACUUUGAGACGGUGCCAGAGCCGGUGUGGCGGGCACUUUACCACUGGUACGGUGCCAACCUCAGCCUGCCACGGCCGGUCAUCCUGGAGAGUAAGACAGGCCAAGCAGAGCUGGAGCUCUUUCCCCGCUACCUCCUGUUCCUCCGCCAGCAGCCGGCCACACGCUCCCCCCAGUCCAACAUCUGGGUCAAUAUGGGUAUGACCAGCCUGCGAAUGUUCCCACCGUAUUUACCCCCACCAAGAGCAGGUAAUGUGCCAUCCCCCAACGCCCCUCUGAAGAGAAUGCUGGCUUACACCGGCUGCUUCAGCCGCAUGGGCACCAUCAAAGACAUCCACCUCUACCUGUCACAGAGACUCCGCAUUAAGGAGGAGGACAUGAGGCUCUGGCUCUACAACAGUGAGAACUACCUCACCCUCUUGGACGAUGAAGAUCACACCCUGGAAAGUCUGAAGAUCCAGGACGAGCAGCAGCUUGUUAUUGAGGUCAGGAACAAAGACAUGAGCUGGCCUGAGGAAAUGUCUUUCAUUGCCAACAGCAGUAAGAUGGACAGGCACAAAGUUCCUACAGAGAAAGGAGCCACAGGCCUCAGUAACCUUGGCAACACCUGCUUCAUGAACUCCAGCAUCCAGUGUGUGAGCAACACCAAGCCUCUGACAGACUACUUCAUCUCAGGGAAACACCUCUAUGAGCUCAACCGAACCAACCCCAUUGGGAUGCGAGGUCACAUGGCCAAGUGUUAUGGUGACCUAGUGAUGGAGCUGUGGAGUGGGACACAGAAGAACCUGGCUCCACUCAAACUCAGGUGGACGAUAGCAAAGUAUGCUCCACGCUUCAAUGGCUUUCAGCAGCAGGAUUCCCAGGAGCUGCUGGCCUUCCUGCUGGACGGGCUCCACGAAGACCUGAACCGAGUCCACGAGAAGCCCUAUGUGGAGCUGAAGGACAGUGAUGGCCGGCCCGACUGGGAGGUGGCCUCUGAGGCGUGGGAGAACCACCUGCGUAGAAACCGUUCCAUCGUGGUUGAUCUGUUCCACGGUCAGCUCAAGUCCCAGGUGAAGUGUAAGACGUGCGGCCACAUCAGUGCUCGCUUCGACCCCUUCAACUUUCUGUCUCUGCCCCUGCCCAUGGACAGCUCCAUGCAUCUGGAGAUCACCGUCAUCAAACUGGACGGCUCCACGCCUGUGCGCUAUGGCCUGAGGUUGAACAUGGAUGAGAAGUACACUGGGCUGAAGAAACAGCUGAGUGAACUGUGCAGCUUGAAGCCUGAGCAGAUCCUCCUUGCUGAAGUCCAUACUUCUAACAUAAAGAACUUCCCUCAGGACAACCAGAAGGUCCGUCUGUCUGUCAACGGCUUCCUCUGUGCGUUUGAGGUCCCAGUACCAGGUUCACCGACAUCACUGAGCUCACCUACUCUGACAGACAUCACCCCUAUAGCCAACGGCUGUGCUGCUAAUGGGCAUCUGGCCAACACGCCCAUCCUCAUCCCUAAUGGUGGGCCCAGCACCAUGGUGCCCUGCAGCCCAGAGACGCCUGUGGCCAAUGGGGUCGCCAAUGGACACAUAACACCAGUGCAGGAGAGCCCCUUCAUUGGAUACAUCAUCGCCAUGCACAGGAAGAUGAUGCGCACAGAGUUGUACUUCCUGUCAUCUCAGAAGAACAGGCCGAGUCUGUUUGGCAUGCCUCUCAUUGUUCCCUGCACAGUCCACACCAGUAAGAAGGACCUGUAUGAUGCCGUCUGGAUCCAGGUGUCCCGACUGGCCAGCCCACUGCCCCCACAGGAGGCCAGUAACCAUGCCCAGGACUGUGACGACAGCAUGGGCUACCAGUACCCCUUCACUUUACGGGUUGUGGGUAAGGAUGGCAACUCCUGUGCCUGGUGUCCCUGGUACAGGUUCUGCAGAGGUUGUACAAUAGAGUGUACAGAAGACAGAGCUUCUGUGGGAAAUGCUUAUAUAGCUGUGGACUGGGACCCCACUGCCCUGCACCUCCGCUACCAGACCUCCCAGGAGAGGAUUGUGGAGGAGCACUGCAGUGUGGAACAGUCUCGUCGAGCCCAGGCUGAGCCCAUCAGCCUGGACAGCUGUCUGAAGGCCUUCACCAGUGAGGAGGAGCUGGGAGAGGAUGAGCUGUACUACUGCUCCAAGUGCAAGACCCACCGGCUGGCCACCAAGAAGCUGGACCUCUGGAGGCUGCCGCCCAUACUGAUUGUCCACCUGAAGCGCUUCCAGUUUGUGAACGGUCGCUGGAUCAAGUCUCAAAAGAUUGUCAAGUUCCCGAGGGAGAAUUUUGACCCCAGCGCCUUCCUGGCUCCCAGAGACCUGGAGCAGCACUGCCUCCACUCCCGCAGCGAGAGUGAGGAUCUGCUGAGGGUUGGAGAAGACAACCUGUCCUCCAUCUCUGCCCCCGCUGGCUUCUGUAACCUCCCCAAAGCCUCCCCUGCCUCAAGCAGAAAGUCGGCACCUUCUCUGAGCCGGACCAGCAGCCCCUGCGGCAGCCCAAAGACCGGCAGUGGAGGCCGCAGACCAGGCCGGCUACGCCUGCCCCAGCUGGGCAGCAGACACCGCCUCUCCAACAGCAAGGAGAACCUGGACGGAGCUGCUAACGCUGAAGCCGAAGCAGCACAGGCAGACACGGAGGGCAGCUCGGGAGCAGCGGCAUCAGGUCUGCCUGGAUCAGGAGAGCUGGUGGCAUCAGAAUCGUCCCGCAGCAGCGAGGCGUCCAGCAGCCACUGUGACGUUGUCCUGGUGAACGGAGACAGCAAUGGGCUGAGCUCAGACUGCAGCACAGAGAGCAGCAUGGACCCCGACAACGCUCUGCUGCAGCACAGAGACAACAUGUGUCUGGACGCCAUCUACAACCUCUAUGCAAUAUCAUGCCAUUCAGGAAUCAUGGGAGGAGGCCACUAUGUGACAUAUGCCAAAAACCCCAAUGAGAAAUGGUACUGUUACAAUGACAGCAGCUGCAAGGAAGUGCACUCUGAGGAGAUUGACACCGACUCGGCCUACAUCCUCUUCUACGAGCAGCAGGGAGUCGACUACUCCCAGUUUCUGCCAAAGAUCGAUGGCAAGAAGAUGGCCGACACCAGUAGCAUGGAUGAAGACUUUGAGUCCGACUACAAGAAGUACUGCGUCCUCCAGUGAUCACAGCUCGUCUUCCAUCAACCAGCACUACACCUGCUCUCCGCUUUCAGCCUGCUGCCUGAGCAGGAGCCGCCACUCAUUCAGAUCCUUCUGAAGAAUUCUCACAAACUGCUAAAGACUAGUCGGACUGUGCUCUCUGUCUUUAGGGAUGCGUCGCAGCACUUUCUACACUUGAUCGCAAACAUGGAUGAGCGAAAAGGUUUGCCAAGACAACAAUAAAGCCCCCUGUGAAAGCACUAAACUGGUGCACUUUGCUGAGCCCAACGAAACAACCCCCGCCCCACCCUCUGUGAGCCUCGCCAUAACAUACAUUUAACAUAUACUUGCAUACUAACGCAUCUCUGAAUGUACGCCACAUUGGCCAAGUCAUGAGGUGCUUUCUUAUUGCGCAUUUAGCACUUGUGAUGUCAGGAUGAAACAAAGACAUUUACACCCGGAGGUAACAUUUCCCUGAGGAGGAAAGAUGUGUUCCAGGUGUAAAUAGAAAGCUGAUGAUCGGAUGCGGCUUGAGUUUAAAUGCCAACUGUAAACGGAGCCCGACAGUUAAAGAACCUGUGUGUUGGUGCCACAGACCAACCUGAUGUUGAAGUUUGGUAUCUAGAAUAUUGGAUACUGUGAUGAGCUUUUAAGAGAAUGGUUCUCCAAAGGUUUUAUUAGCGAUAGUGAAACUAGGGAAACAUAAGUCAUACGCUACCUCAUCGCUUCCUGCAGUCUGCCAGCCAGCUGUACCCUAAAAGUCUGUGACAGUAUUAACAAUUAUUCAACGCUUCCUUCCAGUCUAGGAGACGUGGUGCAAACAUUUCAGGAACACCCCCAUCAAAAACGCUCUCCGCCCCUCCUCUGGCCCUCCAGGACGCUCUCACAGGUCCUGAUGUUCACAUGAAAUUAGGCGUUUUUGCCAACACUGUGUGUCUAUCCCACAGCUGCCAAAUAUCCGUGGAGAUUAGUGCAAUGUUGACCUGUGUGUAGCUCCAACUCCUCUGAAAGAGUCUGGGUUUGUUUAGGACAGGUGCCAUGACUUCAGACGAGACCUGCAUAAAGAUUAAUAUACGGUAACAGUUCUUUUCUGCUGAUGUGUUGUUGUUUUUUUUUAAGAUUUCUUUUCUUGUUGUGAUUUUUUUUCUUCAGGUCAGGAAUGAAUAUUUAACGGAGGGAGCAGCUUAUCUUAGCAGCGCUGGUGCAACGUGCACCUCACUGCUUCCUCAGUUCUCUGCAGCUGAAAUAAACUCGCCUGUCAUUUCCACACCCUCCUCACUAAGAGACCAUGGGAAAGCUGGAAGAUUAGGGAGGACUUCUGUCAAAAACAGUAUCACCAGUUAUUUUGACACGAUUAAAUGAGCAACUUGAGACGUUUUCUGAUCGUUUCAAACAGCAAGGAUCGGAAUCGGUGCAGCAGAACCAGAGACAUUGUUUUCUUUAUAUUUAUUUACCACAAUCACUAAAGCGUCUUAUUCUGACUUUUCUGACUGUAGUCUUUAGACCCAGCUGACACCAGUUGAAGUUUCAUCUUUUAAAGACUUCAUCCAGCUGCAGAUGGUUUCCCAUAUGAAGUACUGCUAACCUAAGACACGUUUACCGGUUUCAGACACAGAAUAUGUAACUUUACUGCUUCACCCACCAGCUUUCUGUCAUUCAAACAUAAGCCACUUUUCCAUCAGCGUUUUUCAUUCAGACAUACCUGCCACAGUGACGGCAAGAUCCACAGAAAGCACACGAUAUUUGUCAUACACCUGAGAUAAGGACUAAAGGAAAGGUUCUUCCUGUCAGUGUGGCCUGCUGUCAGAUCCUGACUGAUGCUGUCUCCAUGUCAGGAUCAUUUUUACAUCCAAGUAAUUAAUGAAGCUCAUUCUGUCCUCGUUCUUAGAGGUGCUCAUAUGGAUCCUGCUGCUGUCUGAUGCCCCAGUAAUCCCCUAAACUCAGAGAAAAGACAAAAACUUUAAUCUCCGAUAAUAUAUGUUUUAUCAAACUCAGAUUCCGUUUAUUUUACGUUGGGAGACGUUCAGUUGCAACAAAGGAGUGAAGGUCUGAAAGGGGGAUUAGAUUUUUCCUUUGACAACGGGCUGAAAAACAGCCGCUCUGCGUCCUCUCUGUUUCACUAUCACUUCUGUAACCACAGGCUUCCUGGUGUGCAUCUGUACAUCACUGCCAUAGGCUGUAUGGAAACACGGUUGAUUCUUCCUCCCAUGGUUAAAGUGAAAUACUGAAGAAUGCUGGUGGUGUCAUUUCCAACUAAUGUGCACACCAGUGACCACAGGAGACGUGAUGCUGAGGUCCCACCUCCUGCCCUACUGUCCUGACUGUCGCUGCUCGCUGUAUGUGUGUCAUUUAUUUGCUGAUGAUGAUGAGCCGCUGCUGCUUCCCCUCAUAGGUUUUUUGUGGUUGUAGCUUCGUGUUUAGGGCCGAGCAGGAGGGGAGAGCUCAGUGCUGUUGUGCCAUCUUUAUGUACACUCUGUGAUAAGGCAGCAACGUUAAACCAUGAAAACCAGUUGAGCUGAGCUAAAACACCCUGUUAAACCACAGCAUAGUCGUACAUGGUCAGGGUCUGAGCAGCUCUUGCAUUUGUACCAAGUUUUGUUGUGUAUUUAUUUGCCCCCGUGUCCAAAUUGAAUUAGGAUUUCUUUGUUGUUGUUUUUUGCCUACAUGUUGCAUGUUCCUGAACACGUCUGUGUUUAAUUCCUUCAUGUCACUGGUUGCUUUUCCUAUUUUGUGCGAGGGCCCCUAGUAGGUUAAUCUGAUGGCUCCUGUAGACUCCAAUCAUUAUUCAUUAAGAGGCUGAUGAUGGUGUGCCACUGUACAAAGAAAUAUGACAGCUGUGUCCACUUGCAUUGACGUGAUUUCAGGUGACUGCUCCCAUAAUGGCAGCAGACAGUCGUACAUUUCAGCCCGUUUGGGGACGAUGGUUUAAGAUUUUUCCUCUUAAAUUAAUAAAUAUUUAUUUUAUUUAAACAAAAUUUAAUUUUGUCAUUUGUUUUUAGGAAAAUCUAGAAUUGCAGAGACCCAGCUCAACUAACUGUCUCAGGAUUUGUUUUUCUCCAUUUUCUCUAGAUAAGAUGCGCUUUCCAGAAAAAAUCCACGGGAAGUGUCUCCUAUAGCAUUACUUUAUCCCCAUAGACAGCUUUACUGAUACCAGAUGCUUUGAGAGUAACCAAAGCCUGUUAAACCUGUAUGUGUUAGAUCUGUAAUGCAUCACUGGACCCUACAUUUUAGCUUGUUCUCUGUGUGCGAUGUCUAAACUAAUUUCUACACUUUUAAACCGUGUUCCUCCUCUUAUCGUGAGGCCUAGCUGCUCCACGUGACUGUUGAGGUCACUUUAACAAACCCAAGUUUGUGCUGCUGAUCUCCAGCAGUGGAGCUCCUCCUGCAGGGUUCAGUCUAAUCACUGUGAACAGACGCUCAGCAUUCCCCCACUGUGGUCUGGAUCACAGAGCAGAUGAGCCUCUGUGUUUGCCCCCUUUUAGCUGCUGUAUUUGUGAGGAGAAGGCAUCAUUAUGGAUGUACUUGGAGAGAUCUGUCACUGAAUGAACCUUUAUUUUCCUUUGGAAAGAGUGCGUUUGUUGAACAAAUGGAAAUGUACAGAUGAGUGCUAUUUAUGUUUGCUUGCUCAGCUUUUGUUUCCUCCACCCUCCUGCCUUUGCACCCAGUUGUAGACCAUGUCCGGUUUGUGUCCGUGUUUCAACGUCAUCACAUGGCUCAAAGGGAAAACUGUACUGAGGAUUUGUCUCUUGAGAACCCAGUUUGUAAUGUGUGCUUCAUUUAAAGGUGCAAUAGAUGUUGACUUGUUUCUGGGCUGUGAAUGUGCCCUCAGACGACCUGUAGCUUCAACUGUAUUAGCAAAAAUGCAACAUUCUAAAGUUGGGGUUAAUUUUAGCACAAUUUCUGUGAUCCAGGAACUUUUCUGCCCAACAGAACUGAGCUGUGAUGCUUACACUGGGCAAACCCUGAUCCUGUAAAACACAGGGCCAAUAUCUGAAGCCCCGCCCCUCACAGAGGCCCCGCCCCUCGCAGAAGCCCCGCCCCCAGAUGAUUAGUUUGGAGUGCUGCCAGGCAGUGCAAUCUACUACUGAGCUGUCUGUCAGUGUCUGUAGCCUCUUUUUAUUUAAGUUCAUUUCUGUCGGAUCUGAACCAGACGUGUUAAUUUAAAGAACUUUUUGUAAGGUGUUUGUUGAAAGAAAGUGACAUUGCACUGACAUGAAAACAUGUACAUAAAAAAUGUGUUUUGUAAAUAAGCCAAUGAAAACUAUGUAUUUGAAUAUGAACUGUACAAAAUACUGUACUUGUAGUUGUAUAUUGAGUGAUACUGUUGAUCUGUAACAAAAUACCCAAGCAACAAAUUAAAUUCUGCAGAGGAAAUGACGA